UUACUUAGGACUUUAUUUGUUCUCAAAUACAGCAAUGCCAUUGUAUUUGCUGAGAACACCUGAGGAUCAUUACAUAAAGCAUCUUUUGUUAGAUAAUUUCAGGGUGUACAUGUUCCAAGAAUCUAUACACCAACAUAACAAGGAAGCCUUCUUUGACAGAGGGAAUCCCCUUAUCUUGGGUUAAUAAGCAGUCAUUGCUAAAAAGGUUAACUCCUAAUGAGAGCGGGACCCUGGCUUGGUAUAUUAUAUAUUUGGCAAAUUGUUCUGUCUUGGGACUUCCUGCCACAGAGCAGCAUAGCUCCGCCAACCUCAUUCACCAUCACUAUGAAGGGCAUCACUGCUUUUGCCAUUCUUGCUGCGGCAGCCACUGCAUGGGCUACCUCUCCACCUGAAUUUAAAAGGAAUCUCCUUGCAAAAGGAAAACAGCAGCUAAAAAUGAUUGUGGAAUUGAAGGAAGGGAACACAGGACGCAAUUUUUUGUUACAAUUGCAGGUGAAUUGUUCCCAAUACUACCCAAAAAGCACAGGAAUUGCUUGCUCCAAGCUGCGGAAACCAGUAUGUGGCACAGAUCAGAUAACUUACAGUAAUGAAUGCAUGGUCUGCCUGAGAAACCGAGAAAAAGGAAAUCAACUCAGAAAACUUCAUGAUAAUGAAUGUGUUCAAUGCACUGGAUAUUCUAAAAUAUGUACUAUGGAGUUCACACCUUUCUGUGGAUCUGAUGGAAAACUGUAUGGCAACAAAUGUUCACUUUGCAACGCUGUUGUGUAAAAAAUGACUGUCCUCAUCCUACACAGAGGAAACAGACCCACAGAGGGGGAAAGGACUUGCCCAGGGCCACACAGCAAGUCAAGGAUCAACCUGGGUCUUUUACAAGA